AUGGAGAUACAGUUGCCUGAAGUGCCGAUGCUGCACAUCUUCUCCUUCCUGGAUGCCGCCAGCUUGCUGCAGGUGGGCCAGGUGAGCAAGUACUGGAAGAAUAUAGCAGAUGAGGAGCACCUGUGGAGAAACCUGUGUCAGAGGAGAUGGAGCAUCUCCUGGGAGGGCCUGCAGGUGCCCUCAUGGAAGCAGCUCUUCCUCACCCACGCCAGGCGCGAGCGCUGCAUGAUGCGGGCCAAACCGCAGGACUUUGCCUACAAGGAGUCCACGGACACCCUUGGACUCUUGAGGCCUUUGGCUUAUUUGUCAGGAAGUGGCCCCUCCAUGGGUGAACAGAAGUCAGUCAUUUGCACGGUGUCUUCAAAGUGCAUGCUCUGUGCCUGGGAUGUGCAGGAGGGCCUUAUGAUCUGGUCCAGCCCCACCCAGCCCACCGGCAUCAAGCGUCUGGCGACGCUGCCGCAGAGAUCUCUUGCCUUCACCUUGGAUGGACAGGAGACCAUCAAAGUGUGGAACUGCCGGGAUGUGAACCCUCUGGCGACGCUCACCAUGCGCACCAUCUGCAGUUCGAUGGAAGUCUUUCUCACGGAUGACCGCCCUGUCCUGAUGAUCGGUGACUCGGAAGGGGACAUCCACACUCUGACGGUGCCCGAGUUGAAGAGUGUUUCUCGCGUGAAUGCGUUUGAGCACCGCGUGGUCUACCUGCACUGCUCUCCCAACAGGAAGUGGAUCUUCGCCUCCGGGACCCACCAGUUCAUAUUGCCAAAGGUGUUUUUCGCAGAGUGCUUACUGAGACCAUCCGUAGGCAUGGACCCUCUGUUCGUCACUCUCCUGUUGACAUUUUGCACCCGAGCCUGCUGGGCCCUGAAGUGCGCAAACAGGCUGACCAUCAUGUUCCGAAAAGAAUUUUUCAGAAGGACAGCGUUCGUCACCUUUGACAUGACAGCUGAGAGUCCUGGGGGCAGCACAGCCAUCCAAGCCCAUCAGAUUGCAAGCUUCAUGCUGGCAGAUAACAUGGAUGCUCCGGAAUGUAUGGGAGUCUGUGACGGAACCACAAUUGUCUUUGAAAGUGGGCGAUACCUGUUCCUCGUCACCAUCCAUGGCCACCUGCUGCAAAAAUUUGACCACCAUCAGAAUGUAAUCUGUUACAUAUGGAUGGACCCUCUCCACGUCCUCACCACAUCCAUGGAUAACUACCUGCACCUGUACAUGUGGGAAGAGGGAGACUGCCAUCCGCGCCUUCAGAGCUGCUGUCACCUGGAGCAGAAAAAGGAUGACAAGAGGCCAAACUGCGCUUUCCCCAUAGCGAUCUGUGACAACACGAGCAUCGUGUGUGUGGUGUCAAAGAGAGGCCAAGCCAGCUUCCUGGUGAUGUAUUCUUUGAACACGUGA